CUCACACACGCUCACAAACACAUGCCGGCUUACAAACACAUACAGGCUCACAAACACACACACUCUCACAAACAUACACAGGCUCACAAACACACACAGGCUCACAUUGAACAAGUGAACCACACAGACUAACAGCCGCUAUGGGAGACCUGGAUGUGAUGCCCCAGGCCAAGGCCCAGGGUGUGAGGAUAGCCUGCCCAGCCAGAGGGCCCCAGGUGGGGGUGAAGGAGGGGCUGGUGGCUCGGUCCCUGGAGGCCAGACAGUUUGCCUACUGCCCCUACAGCAGCUUCAGGGUGGGAGCAGCCCUCCUGACUCCCGACGGCUCCGUGUUCACAGGGUGCAAUGUGGAGAACUCCUGUCACAACCUGGGAGUUUGUGCGGAGAGGAACGCCAUAUCUAAAGCUGUCUCAGAGGGCUACAGGAGCUUCAAGGCCAUAGCCAUCGCCAGCGAUCUUCAAGACCAGUUCAUCUCCCCCUGCGGAGGCUGCCGGCAGUUCAUGAGAGAGUUUGGGACGGACUGGGAGGUGUACAUGUCCAAGCCUGACGGCUCCUACCUGGAGAUGCGAGUGAGGGACCUCCUGCCCCUCUCGUUUGGCCCAGAAGACCUGAAGAUGAAGAAAGAAACCCCCAAGGAGUUCUGACUGCACACCUGUCCUGUUACACACCUGUCAUACACCUAGAACCAUCCUGUCAUACACCUGUAGCCUCAGUAAUUCAUCCUGUCAUACACCUGUAGCCUCAGUAAUUCAUCCUGUCAUCGUCAGGUAUGGCAUCAGGCAUGGCAUCCCACAAAUAUUGGAAUUUAUAUUUACAAAAAUAUUAAUUUAUAUAAACGUAUGACUAUCUAAUGAUGCAGCAUUAAGUCAUAUAUUGUCAAUAACAAUGUACUUUUUAAUUGGUUUUAUAUUUAGAUUAUUAUAUUUAUAUUUGGAAUGGAUAGAAUCUUUAAUCACUAAAGCUAAAUGUUACAGGUAGCAACUAGAAUGAUGCUGAGGAAACCACUUAGAGCUAACUAGAACUAACUCAGUGUUAAUUUGAGAAUUAUUUGUGUAUAUUCAGAUAUGUGCUUUGAUAGUUUUCAGUUAAUAAUGUUACAGUUUUAUGUUCAUGAAUAAUUUCCUUGAGUUGUAUUUGUUGACUGUUGCUUAGGUCUGUAACGUGUUUUAGUCCUGCUCCAGUUCUCUCCCUCGGCAGUUUGUCUCCAUGGUAACGAAGUAGUAAGUCAAACCUGUAGUGCAAAUCCAAACGAAAGAACAAUUUAAAUCAACUUAAUUUUAUUGGUGUUAAGAAGCACAUAAAAAACAAGAAAUAAAUAUCUUACAGCACAGUA